UCCUGUGUCCCCUCUCACGUAAUCUUUAUACAUCAAUAUGUACAGUGCAAUUUAGCUGACACCAUCAAUCACCACAUAAGAUACAUGUAUACAACAUAUACACACAAAUUUUCCUUCACUUUUUCCAGUUCUUCUAGAACACGCAUAUAACAUAAACAUCACAAAUUUUCCUUAACUUUUUGCACUUAAAAUAUCUUGAUUCUAAAAAGUUUUUUAGUAUUGAGAAACAUGAAUGAUUCCAAGUACAUGGAUAGUUCAAUUCCAGAUGAUAUUGCCCUCAAAUUGGUUUCUUCUUUACAGGUAUGGGAUGUUUGUUCACUUGGUAGCUGCUCAAGAUUUUGGCAGGAGCUUUGUGGGUUGGAUUGUGUUUGGUCUUCUUUGUAUAAAGAUAGAUGGCCACAGUUGAUCUUGGAUAAUAAUCAAGAAUCUUCUGUUCUUGAUUUUGAUCAUGCCCAUCAGCUAAGUCAAUCUGAAAGCAGCUCUCAGGGAUGGAGAGGUUUGUACAUCGGCAAGCACAAUGAAAUGGCUGGUAAAGCAGCCACGGUAGUCGAAUUUCUUGAAAAAUGUCUGAACUCUGAAUCAAUUGAAGUGGGUCAAUAUCUAAAGGCAAUAAAGGAUCUUUACACUAUGCAGUUUGGAUUUAAAGAUGUCCAAAUGUUCUUUCUUAAAGCAGAGAGUAAUGUGUUGCUCAACUUGGUUGGCCUGCAUUAUUGCAUUAGCUGGCUCAGGCUUCCGCCGGAGCAUAUACUGGAAGCACUGGAGAGCUGCAAGAUUUUGGAGCGGAAAGUGUGUGUCCAGUGGUGGACUUUAGGUCGGUGGUUUUAUGGCUUCCGCAUGCGCGAUGAGUCCCAUUCUCGGGAAGUCUCUCUGGGAGACCUUGCUAGAGCCAAAGAAGAAGAAGUUCUUGCAGUGCUCUACCGAGGUGCCAUUUAUGAGGUGUUGCGUGUUCGUAUUUCUGUUGCUAAACCCUCAAUUGCUCACUGGACACGCCAAAACCUAAAUACAUGUCACUAGUAUAGCUUUCUCUAUGAUCUUAUAUAUGCAUAGUGAGUAUAUAAUCUUCGAGUUUGUAAAUAAAAAUGUGCCAUGAUCUGGAAUGAACAAUGUAUAGAAAGAAAAAGAUGGACAUCGGCAGGGUGACAGGAGAUGGCCUCACAUAUCUGUAUCAACCUACAAUAAAUUGGUAUAUGUAAUCCUGUUGUAGAUAUGUGUUCCCCUGUAGGCUGUAGGUCAGAUGUUCUGUACAGAGUUACAGUCUGUACAAUAUGUAAAGUUUCACUACUCAUGCUUGAACUUGUAGUUUAUAUUUGGAUUGAUUCCAAUGAAUAAUAUUAUAUCAAACUUGUUACUUUGGCAUGCA